AUGUAUACCAACCCAAUCAUCCCCGGGUUCAAUCCCGAUCCUUCCAUCGUGCGGGUUAACUCUGACUAUUUCCUGGUCACCUCCUCGUUUGAAUAUGUCCCUGGAGCUCCAAUCUACCACAGCACCGACCUGAUCCAGUGGACCCUGAUCGGCCAUGCACUCACACGCCCGAGCCAGCUGCAGAUCCAAACCCCCGAGCCCGGUGGCGGUGUCUGGGCCACCACACUGCGUUACUACGAGGGGGUCUUUUAUUGUCUCGCUGCCUGUUUUCAACGCUAUCGACCCCAAGAAGACGACCGCGUCUGGCCGCGGGGGUUUUACGUGAAGACCGCGAACAUCUGGGAUUCCGACUCGUGGUCGGAUCCAGUCUACUUCGAUCAAGUCGGCUUCGAUCAGGAUCUCUUCUGGGACGACGAUGGCACCGUUUACCUGUCAUCGACCUACCGCAAACUGGAUCGCACCCCCCACACCGAUCUGAAAGACUUCGCCGUGCACAUCGUGCCGGUAGAUCUGGAGACGGGCGCCUCCUUGGCUGAGCCGCGCUUGAUCCGGGAAUCAGCGUCUGGGGUGGCUGAGGGCUCGCAUCUCUUCCGUCGCGGAGAGUACUACUAUCUCUUCACGGCCGAGGGAGGCACUGAGAGUGGACAUUGUGAAUGGGUAUCGCGCAGUAAAACCAGCCCGCUCGGUCCCUGGGAGGUCGCGCCUAUCAAUCCUCUGUGGCGGAAUGGACUUUCCGAUGAAGUCCAGAAUACUGGGCAUGCAGACUUGGUCGAGGAUACCGAGGGGCAGUGGUGGGUGGUGCUGCUGGGGGUGCGGCCGGUCUGGCGGGAUGGCGUGUGGGAGGAGUCUGUGUUCGGCCGUGAAACCUUCCUAGUCCCGAUGAAUUGGGAGAACGACUGGCCGGUCAUCAACGGGGGCGAGAAGAUUCCGCUGGAGUACGCGGGGCCUCAGCUGUAUCAGUGGCAGCCCCCGGUCGCCUGGCGCGAUGAGUUCACGCAGCCCCAGUUGCAGCUAGGGUGGUACCGAAAGAAUACGCCGGUCUUGCACGACUUUUCGCUCAUCGAGCGAGAGGGCUGUCUCCGUCUCUACGGUGGGCCGUACAAUCUGUCUGUCCCGACGUGUCCGACGCUCUUCUUACGCAAACAGACCCAUCGCGUCUGUACCUGGGAAACCCGGGUCUCCUUCGAUUCGAAGCAGAAGCACACCGAGGCCGGCACGGUGGUGUGGUGGAACCACCUCACGUACAGCAGCAUGGGCGUGCGAGGGUCGGACACAGGGGAUCGAAAGGUGCGGUUCCAGCCUGCGGAAGGGGAGGCUGUGGAGAUACCUCUACAGAAUGCGCAGUCGGACGUGAUCUUCGUCGUCGAAUGUGGCUUAUCGUACCGAUUCGGGUUCCGUGAGGUUGCUCCAGAUGGAGACCAGACGAGGCUGCAGUGGGUGGGAGACGUGGGAAAUGGUACCAUGACAAGGCCCCCAAGGGUUGGGGCGGCGUUUACUGGGAUGAUGCUGGGAGUCUAUGCCUUUGGCGAACGCCAGAGGUGUUUGGCUCCAGCCGACUUUCAUUAUGCAACGUGGCGAUAA